GCCACAGAGCUAACUGUAACUGAGCUGUGAACUUGCUUUCAAAUCACGGACGUUGAAAUUCUCUGCUAAGCUCAGGCUCCGUGAGAAUCCAGGGACUUCCUUAAUGAAUUAUGUCUGCCACAAGCAUUGACCCCCAGAGAUCAAAGGGACAAGCAUCUAAAGUACAAAAUGGAUCUCUGCAUCAGAAGGAGUCUGUCCAUGAUAAUGACUUUGAGCCAUACCUCACCAGUCAGUCAACGCAGAAUAACAGCUACCAGUCCAUCACUGAUCCUUACCUGUCCAGCUACUAUGCUCCUUCUAUUGGAUUUCCGUACCCACUAAGUGAGGCUCCCUGGUCUACUGGUGGGGAUCCACCUAUUCCAUACCUCACACCCUAUGGACCUUUGAGCAAUGGAGACCAUCACUUCAUGCCGGACACAGUGUUUGGGCAGCCAGGGGGUCUGGGAAGCAGCAUCUACCCGCACAGGUUUAACUUUUUCCCUGAAAACCCCGCCUUCUCUGCUUGGGGAACAAGUGGCUCCCAGGGUCAGCAGACUCAAAAUUCGGCCUAUGGUGGCAGCUACAGCUACCCUCCCAGCUCCCUCGGGGGCACGCUGGUGCCUGACGGUCAGACGGGCUUUCACAGUGACACCUUGAACAAAGCUCCUGGUAUGAACAGCCUGGAACAGGGUAUGGUUGGCUUAAAGAUCGGAGGGGACGUCCCCGGCCAGAAUUCAGGGGUCAAAGCUGUGGGUUCUGUGAUAGGUGGACCUGUGGCGGCUGCGGGAAAUGGAGCCACGCCUAUAGGAAUGCCUCCACCUAAGGCCACUUCCUGGGCAGCCAUUGCAAGCAAGCCUGCCAAACCGCAGCAGCUGAAAGUUAAAAUGAAGCCAGGGAUGCCCAACCCAGGGGGAGCUCUUCCUCCACCACCCAUUAAACACAACAUGAACAUUGGCACCUGGGAUAAGGGCCCAGUGACUAAAGUAGCCGCAGCACCGCUGCAGCAACAGCAGCAGCCUCUCGGCUUGCCUCAUGGCAUGCCACCUCAAGGGCCCAUGCAACCCCCUUCUCAUCAGUCUUUAGUGCAACCCCAAAUGCAACCUAUAGCCUUACAGCCGCAACCUCCCCAUCACCAGCAUCAUCACCCGCCACCUCAGGCCUACCAAAACCACACCCAGCCCCAACAACCCCUGACACGUUGGGUUGCACCACGCAACCGCAACCAAGGCUAUGGUCAGAACGGCCCCUGCCAUGAUGGAGGUGGAGUCAUGGGUGUGGUUGGUGUUGGGCACAAUGGGCCCCCAGCAUGUGGAAGUCAAGGGACUGGUGGAGAUUCCCACCCGGUGUUGGAAAAGCUUCGUGCCUCCCAUAGCUACAACCCCAAGGACUUUGACUGGAACCUGAAGAACGGUCGUGUUUUCAUCAUCAAAAGCUACUCCGAGGACGAUAUCCAUCGUUCCAUCAAGUACUCCAUCUGGUGCAGCACAGAGCACGGCAACAAGCGGCUGGACUCAGCCUUCAGGGCCAUGAAUGGGAAGGGGCCCGUGUACCUGUUGUUCAGUGUCAACGGCAGUGGCCAUUUCUGCGGUGUGGCAGAAAUGCGCUCGCCUGUAGACUAUGGGACCAGCGCUGGUGUUUGGGCACAGGACAAGUGGAAGGGCAAGUUUGAUGUGGAUUGGUUGUUUGUUAAAGACGUGCCUAAUAGCCAGCUGCGCCACAUCCGCCUGGAAAACAACGACAAUAAACCAGUGACCAACUCACGUGACACACAGGAGGUUCCUUUGGAGAAGGCCAAGCAGGUGCUCAAGAUCAUUGCUACCUACAAACACACCACCUCCAUCUUUGAUGAUUUCUCUCAUUAUGAAAAAAGGCAGGAGGAAGAAGAGGAGGUGCGCAAGACCUUUGAACCGCCUCAGAUACAGAACCGCUCAAGAUUGGAUCAGGAGCGCCAAAACAGGAAUAAACAAUAGAAGGCAUUUAUCAGUGGCUUGAUCAACGGUUACACUCGGACUUGAUUUAAGGACAGAAGAAUAUGAAAAUGCAACAAAGCCCUUCAUUUUUGUGUUCUUUUUAAUCCUGCUAAAUCUGCCACUGUUCAGAGUUGUGCUUUUUCUUUGCUCCGUCUGCCACCAGUUUUUGUGCAGGGAUAACAAGUCGAUUACAUGUAACAUGUAGCCUAGUGGCCACCACAUUGUUUUGUUCAGUUUGUGUAAACAUUUCUCUUUCCGUUUAAUUACACAUCUUGCUGGCUUUUUUCCCCUCUUUUUUUCUUUAUCCUAUCCCUUCAUCUCUCUAGUUAAGUCAGGGUUUGACUGCACAGUUAUAAAAAGAUGAAAAACAAAAAAAACUGCCACUUUAUAUUUUAGUACAAUCAGGAGCAGAUGUGUUCUUCCCCUGUUUUACCACUUGGGGGCAACAUUGCCAUUGUUCAAAGGUUUAAUUUUGCCAACCCUGUUGGAUGAUCCUAAAGGCAAUGUCGGACUUGGAGCUGUGUAAUAAAACUUCAAUGGUUCAACUAUUUUUCAUUCAAAUCAAAAAAAGUAUAUUUUUUGGCUUACUACUGACAGUUUCAUUUUAGAAACAUGUUUUCUGGAGCCUUAAUGCAUUUCUUUGUUCCUGUAAUUACUGGUGACUUGUCAAAGAACUGUUCACACAGUGACAUUGCUGGAGAAAUCAGGGAUUGUGAAGUCACACAGGCCUCAAAACAUUUCAGAGGAGGACUUUCUGAGGUGUCUGGGAAGAAGAAAAAACAACAGAAGUGUCCUCCACAACCAGAAUUUUCUCCAUAGAAAUCAAGAAAUUGUACUAACGACACCUUACACACGUUUAUGCUUCUGUUGUCUCGAAGGGGGUCUACUGUUCUACAGACGUUUUUGCUAACACAAUCCAGUCUGAAAGAAUUGAUGAACCCACAGUUUUAUGACGCUUUAGCGAAAUUAUGUAACAUUAUACCUGAGUUGAAUGAAUUAUGUUCCUUCUGUCUCCUCUUAAAAAAAAAAAAAGGGGGGGGGAGCCCACACAUUUGUUCUUUCACCGUCAUUCUGUCUUAAUCCUGUUUUUUUUUUCCUAAUUUUGUUUUGUUCAGUCCUUCAUGUUGGACGAAAUGCUAAGCUUUAAUGUAGGAGCCUAUAUAUUCAGUGAGAAAGCUUAAAAUGUAUAACCUAAAAAAUUAAUGUAACUGAUUUACUGUCAAGUAAGAAAAAAAAAUUAAGACUGAAAAGUG